AUGGCCGACCAUAGGAAAUGUAACGCCUGUCUAAAAAGUGUAGCAAACACUCCAUCAUUAAAUUGCUCACGCUGUAAGGCUGAAUAUCAUCAUUUUUGCAUAAACUAUUCACUGCCAGAGUAUAAUGCGAUGUCUGUUGAGCUUAAAUCGAAAUGGAUCUGCUUGCAGUGUCAAAGUCGCGAACGCAAGGGAGGCGAUAAUUCAAACACCCCUGUCCGUAGUAAUAAUAGCGUUGCCCUUGAAUCACCUCACCUGGAGUUCGUCACACAGCGCACGAAGGCUCGCACUGAAAAAAAUUGCUCUUGCAUAUCGCCCAGCAGUAUACGGGAUAUCAUUCGAGAAUAA